UUUUUCUCUCGUCCUCUCAUUUCCUCCUCAAAAUUCUCUCUUUCAAGGAAGGUAGAGAAGAGAAGGGGACACACAUAGAAAAGGAAAGAGAGGACUUUUUUGCGAUUUCAUGUCAUCACCCACGGCGUCGUAUUGGUGCUACAGGUGCAACGGUUUCGUUCGAGCAUGGAGGCAACAAGACGCUGAGGAAAUAACAACUUGUCUUGAUUGCGGAACCGGAUUUGUUGAAGAACUCGAGAUCCGAGAAGACGCCGCUGCCGCCGCCUCCCCGUCAGCCUCUACGGCUGCUGCUGCCGCCACUGCUGCUAUGUUAAUGACAGGUAUUCUUCCGAAUACAGAUCAUAAUAGUCCUCUUCGUAGAAAUCGUAGGAACGCCGGCGACCGUUCUCCGAUUAAUCCUGUUAUUGUUCUUCGUGGAGGAAGUAUAGGCGGUGGAGGUUUCAGCAUCGGAGGACAAUCCGAUGGCGGUGAAAGCGAAGUUAGUGGACGUGGAUUCGAGUUAUAUUACGACGAUGGAAGUGGUUCCGGUUUACGACCGUUGCCGUCGUCCAUGUCGGAGUUUUUUUUGGGAUCUGGAUUUGAGAGAUUAUUAGAUCAGAUAUCACAGAUUGAAAUUAAUGGAAUUAGUAGAUUCGAACAACCGCCGGCGUCGAAAUCGGCGAUUGAAUCUAUGCCGACAGUAACAAUAAAUGAAUUUCACACAUCAACGGAAUCUCAUUGUGCGGUGUGUAAAGAGCCUUUCGAAUUAGAAUCAGAGGCGCGAGAAAUGCCCUGUAAGCAUAUUUAUCAUUCCGAUUGCAUACUUCCAUGGCUUUCAUUUCGAAAUUCAUGUCCGCUCUGCCGCCACGAGUUACUUGGGGACGAUGAAAACGAACGAGUCAUGGCGGCAGGGAAUAAUAAUAUUAACAAUGAAGAAGAGGCGGUGGGGUUGACUAUUUGGAGAUUACCGGGUGGUGGAUAUGCGGUUGGAAGAUUUACAGGGGCAAGAAGUGGGGUGAGAGAAUUGCCCGUGGUUUAUACGGAAAUGGACGGUGGUUUUAAUAAUGGAGGUUUGCCUAGGAGAAUAACGUGGUCGACAAGAGGAGGGAGUAGCGGAAGAGGAAGAGAGAGCCGAGGUAGCGGUGGAGGUGGUGGUUGGUUUGGUCUGGGUAGGUCUAUAAGGCAUUGGUUUGCUUGUUUUGGUGGUGGCGGUGAAAGCUCAAAUUCAGAUUUGAGGAGUAGGGGUUUUUCGAUUUUUAAUAACAGUGCUUCUUCAAGAAUAAGAAGAUGGGAUGGGGAGGUUAAUGGUGGAAGAAGAAGAAGGUAAAAUUUGGGGCAAAAAUAUUAUAGUUUUCUUAAUUUGUAAAUAUUACCAUACUAGAAAGAUUUUUUUUUUUUUUUAAAUUGAAGUGGGAAGAAGUUAAUUUAAAUAAAGGGCAAUCAGAAGAAAAUGAAUUGAGCAUUUGGAGAGGAGCUAAGAGGUAACGAAACAAAGCUAUCUAUUUUAGUUUUUUUAUGUAUAUUUUUUUGUAAUUUUUAGUCAGAAGAGGCUUCUUUCCUUUUGCUGCAAUUUUUUUCCUAGAAAAUCUAUGAAAAAUUUCCAGUAUUUAAAAGUUUGAAGCCUGGUGUUAGAGCUGUUGAUUCUCUCACUGCCGCUGUUCUGCAGUCUGCUUUAUCAAUGAAAACGUGCAAAUUUGGAAAAA